AUGCCCAAGUACGCGAAGUUCUUAAAGGACCUUCUUAGAAACAAGGAGAAGUUGGGGGAGUUGUCGAAUGUUCCAUUGAAUGGAGGGUGCUCCGCAGUCGUUCUGAAUAAGCUUCUGGAGAAGCUUACCGAUCCCGACAUUUUUACUAUUCCAUGUCUUUUCGGUAGUAACACCAAUACUCGAGCCUUAGCCGACCUAGGUGCUAGCAUCAAUUUGAUGCCCUUUUCUCUCUACGAGAAGCUAUACUUAGGCGAGCUUUCACCUACCCGUAUGACAUUAUCUUUAGCCGAUCGAUCCAUGAAAUACCCUAGGGGUUUUGUUGAGAAUUUUCUUGUUAAGGUCGACAAGUUUGUUUUUCCCGUUGAUUUCGUCAUUCUUGAUAUGGAAGCGAAUAAGAGAGUUCCUAUCAUACAUGGUCGUCCGUUUUUGCGUACCGCUAAAGCCCUCAUAGAUGUUUACGAUGGUAAGAUCACACUUAGGGUCAGUGAGGAGAGAGUCACCUUUGAGAUCGAUCGUUCCAUGAACCACCCGAGUGGUUCCGAUGACUAUAGAGGAGGAGAGAGAGUAGAGGAGGAGUCGUUGAGGUUGGAUGAAGUUGAAGAUGAGGGGAUUCCUUUGGUUCCCGAAGCUUUAGCCGUCAGUGAUGACACCACCCAACCCCCACCCUUAGAGCUUAAGGUCCUUCCAUCUCAUUUAGAAUAUGCUUUUCUAGGGGAGGGUUCCGAGCUACCCAUUAUCAUCUCAUCGAAGUUGGAGGAAAGAGAGAAGUUGAGGUUGUUGGAAGUGUUGAAGGCCAACAAAGAGGCCAUUGCAUGGAGGUUGUCCGACAUUAAGGGCAUAAGCCCUUCUUAUUGCACUCACCGGAUACUCAUGGAGGAUGGUUUCAAGCCGAUGGUGCAACCCCAAAGGCGCCUCAACCCCCAAUAUGCAAGACGUAGUGAAGAAGGAGGUUCUAAAACUCCUAGAUGUCGGGAUGAUAUAUCCCAUCUCAUAUUCACCUUGGGUUAG